CCGGCGCGGAGCCAGCCAGACCCAGCCGAGAGCGCAGCGGGGGCGGCGGGCCGCGGACCGGGCAGCACCGGGCGCUCGGAGCGGGCGCGCCGCCAACGCGGUCACGUGCGCGGCCCCUCCUCUCGCGCCGGCCUCCCCCGCGCCGCACUCUCCAUUCAUAAAUUCUCCGCCUGUUCCGCGGCCACCGGGCGCCGGAGCCAGCCGGGAGCACCACGCAGCCGCCCGCCCGCCGCCCAUGGGCCGCGCGUCCCGGCGCUGAGGGCCCUCCUCCCCAGUUCAGAAUGCAGCCCACAGCCACCAUGGCCACAGCUGCCACCACCACCACCACCACCACUGCCACAGUAGCCCUGACGACGUCGUGGGACAAUGCCACUGGACGCCCCACGCAGGCAGAGCCAGACCCCAUCCUGGACAACUACGUGCUGCUGGUGGUGGUGAUGUCGCUGUUCGUGGGCGGCACGCUGGUGGUGUUGUCCGGCGUCCUGCUCCUCUGCAAGCGCUGCUGGGACGUCCACCAGCGCCUCAACAGGGCCAUGGAGGAAACGGAGAAGACCACCACCACCUACCUGGACAACGGCACCCACCCGGCCCAAGACCCCGACUUCCGGGGGGAGGACCCCGAGUGCCAGGAUGCGGAGACCGAACGCUUCCUGUCCACCAGCUCCACGGGCCGCCGGGUCUCCUUCAACGAGGCGGCGCUGUUCGAGCAGAGCCGCAAGACGCAGGACCAGGGCCGCCGAUACACACUGACGGAGGGGGACUUCCACCACCUGAAGAAUGCCCGGCUCACGCACCUGCACCUGCCGCCCCUCAAGAUCGUCACCAUCCACGAGUGUGACUCAGGCGAGGCCAGCUCAGCCGCCACACCCCACCCGGCCACCUCUCCCAAGGCCACUCUGGCCAUCUUCCAGCCCCCGGGGAAGGCCCUCACGGGCCGCUCCGUGGGCCCCAGCUCCGCCCUGCCAGGUGACCCCUACAACCCAGCCGCGGGUGCCACUGACUUCGCGGAGAUCAGCCCCUCGGCAUCUAGCGACUCUGGGGAAGGCACCUCGCUGGAUGCCGGUACCAGGAGCACCAAGGCUGGAGUGCCCGGGGCUGCAGCAGGGCCUGGGGAGGUGGGCCCGGGAUCUGGGGCAGGUACCGUUCUGCAGUUCCUCACCCGCCUGCGCCGCCAUGCCAGCCUGGACGGGGCCAGCCCCUAUUUCAAGGUCAAGAAGUGGAAGCUGGAGCCCAGCCAGCGGGCAGCCAGUCUGGACACGAGAGGUUCCCCCAAGCGGCACCACUUCCAGCGGCAGCGGGCAGCCAGCGAGAGCACGGAGCAGGAGGAGGGGGGCGCCCCCCAGGAGGACUUCAUCCAGUACAUCGCCGGGGCCGGCGACGCCGUGGCCUUCCCGCAUCCCCGCCCCUUUCUGGCCAGCCCGCCCCCUGCUCUCGGCAGGCUAGAGGCCGCGGAGGCAGCGGGAGGAGCGAGCCCCGAUUCCCCCCCGGAGCGCGGCGCGGGCGGCGCGGGGCUUGAGCAGCAGCAGCCGCCACUGGAGCCGGACGCCGAGCGGGACGCGGGCCCUGAGCAGGCCCAGACCAGCUACCGCGACCUGUGGAGCCUGCGCGCCUCGCUCGAGCUGCAUGCGGCCGCCUCGGACCACAGCAGCAGCGGCAACGACCGCGACUCGGUGCGCAGCGGCGACAGCUCGGGCUCAGGCUCCGGGGGCGCGGCGCCCGCCUUCCCGCCGCCCUCCCCGCCCGCGCCGCGGCCCAAGGACAGCGAGGCGCGCCGGCUGCUGCAGAUGGACAGCGGCUACGCCAGCAUCGAGGGCCGCGGCGCCGGCGACGACACCGAGCCGCCUGCCGCGCCCACCCGGCCCCGCAGCCCGCGCGCCUGGCCCCGCCGCCCGCGCCGUGACUACAGCAUCGACGAGAAGACGGACGCGCUGUUCCACGAGUUCCUGCGCCACGACCCGCACUUCGACGACACGCCGGCUGCCGCGCGACACCGCGCCCGCGCGCACCCGCACGCCCGCAAGCAGUGGCAGCGUGGCCGGCAGCACAGCGACCCCGGCGCCCGCGCGGCCCCGGCCCCGGCCGGAACCCCGGCACCGCCUGCCGGCGCGGCCCGACCCGUGCGUGCGCCCUUGCGGCGCGGCGACAGCGUGGACGGCCCGCCCGACGUCCGCACCCUGGGCGGCGCCGGCGACGAUCCCGCCAUCCCCGUCAUCGAGGAGGAGCCGGGCGGCGGGGGGUGCCCCGGCUCGGGCCUGUGCGUCGUACCCCCCGGGUCGCUGCUGGACAAGCUGGCGGCUGGCCUCGACGAGAGACUCUUUCCGCCGCGCCUCGCCGAGCCCGUCGUGGCGACUCCCGCGUUGGUCGCCGCCGCCCCCACGUCCCCCGACCACAGCCCGGCCUAAGUCCCGCGUCCUGGGCCCAUCUCUCUGGCAGCUUCUCCGGCGCCGCGCGGGGCCUCGGCGGCGGGAGAGACGUGGGGGCGCGACACCCCGACGCGAAUGUGCGGGGACCGCGGGCCCUUCGCGCACGCGCGG